AUGGACGAAUUGACUGAUAUUGCCACAAGUAUCUCCAAUGGAGCAUUUGUAUCAUUGUUGGGCCAGUGGGUGCCCUCUCACGGAGGUCAACAACGCAGCGAACUGCAGGUUGCGAAGGUCCUCAUGGUUGGCGAAGGGAAUACACCUGAAAACCCAAUCCAGAAAAAGGCCAUGACCAAAGCAUUCCUUCGAGCAAUCCCUCAUCUUCGCAUACGGACCGACUUCCAAUCUCUCCUCUUGCGCACUCGAAGCAUGUUGAUUUCUAGCAUCCAUACUCAUUUCUCCGAGACCCAUCAGUCCAAUCUUCCUGUUUAUUUGGUCCAUCCGCCUCUGAUCACUUCGUCCGAUUGCGAAGGUGCCGGAGAGGUUUUCACGGUUGAACCCCAAAACAGAAAGCCAAUAUCCCCUGCUUCAAUCGAAAGCGGUGGAGCGGACGAGCUGUACUUUCGUGACCCGAAGUAUCUUACUGUAUCAUCGCAACUUCAUCUUGAAGCCUUUUGUGCUGAAUUAGGCGCCGUUUAUGCCUUCUCGCCUACCUUUCGUGCUGAGGAGAGUGAUACCCCCCGGCACUUGGCAGAGUUUUACAUGGUGGAAGCCGAAUUUCGAAAUACGCCUCUACAGCAGAUCAUGGGCAGUGUAAAAACGCUAAUCAAGAGCGUUACAGCACACAUCGCAGGCCACGCAAAUGGCCAGGAGCUGCUUGAAUACUACGUAGACAAGAAGCACGGCAUCGCGACUGAGGGUGCGGUCGAUCUCCAACUACGAUGGGCUAAAUUGCUCGGUGAGUGGGAGUCUAUAGAUUAUACCACGGCGAUCCGGUUGCUUCAAGAAGCCAACGAUGCUAGAGGUGGGAAGCUCUUCGACCACCGUCCAGUAUGGGCGCAUGGUCUUCACCUGGAACACGAGCGCUGGCUCACCGACACUCUCGCUAACAAUCGACCCGUGUUUGUUACAGAUUAUCCCAAGGUGGUCAAGCCCUUCUACAUGCUUCCGUCCACGUUAAGCACGGAGAAUGGUAAUGCAGAGCUGUCAGAUGUUCCCCAAGAAACCAUGGCUUGUUUUGACCUCUUACUACCCUUUGGCUACUGCGAAGUGGUUGGCGGAAGCUUGAGAGAGCAUCGCCUACCAGAUCUUAUCGCGAAUAUGCGAGAGAAAGGGCUGCUGAAGAAAGUUGAGCCUGGGACGGAAGAGCGGUAUCCAUUCCUGCAGCCCGACGAAAGCUUGGGGUCAUUGAAGUGGUACGGCGAUCUGAGGCGAUUUGGUAGCAGUCCUCAUGGGGGUUAUGGGCUUGGCUUUGAUCGAUUACUCGCUUACUUGACUGGUGUGGCAAAUGUGAGGGAUGUGGUUUCUUUUCCUCGCGUCUGGGGAAAGGCAGAUUGUUGA